UGACCUUCUUUUUUUAAUCUUCUUUAUUGUCUUAGAAAUUAGUAUUAGCUGUGUCCUUUGUUAGUGUGUACUCAGAUCGUGAUUUGGUGAUGAGGGCCUUAGGCUGAGAAUUAGGUGAGGUAAAGUCUAUUUCGUUUCUUUUUUUUUUUUUUUCAUAUCUUGCUUUGUUUUGCCAGCAAGUUUGUGCCUUCAUCUUCCCCUCUUAUUCACACAUGUCCAUCUGACAUUAAGUUAUGGUGGAAAUGGACUCUUUUCCAAAGUGUCACUGCAGGAGUCACAAAAGACAUGCAGUCUGCAGACUAUUUUCUCCUUGGUAUAUCUGAUUUGCCCAUGCAAACAAUUCCUCUAUUUGUUCAUGUAAAUAAGUUAGUUGCCCAGAGAAAUGGCUGAAAAAUACUUCUAAGAGCCCUGCAGUCUUGUGCCUCUCUUCUCCAAUGACUGGCGUGUGACUACUUAGGUACUGUGUAAGCCCCUUAUUCUACUCAUAUGUCUGGAAACAUCUCAUUGCUUUGAUGGGACUCGCUAUAUGUUGAGGUAGUAAAUGGAUCAUCCAUUAACCAUUUUUUUUCCUAUCCCCAUAGUGUGGGAUGAUCCGAUUGAGUUUGAGAACUUUCCUAACUGGUGAUACCUGUUUGGGCUUUAUGAUGCCCUGAGAUUGGCCAAACAAAACUAUUGCACGCUAGGCUAUUCAUAUCUUCUGUGGGAAUGUUCAGACUGCUUCUAGAUUCUCAAGAGACAGAGCUCAGAUGAAAUCAAAAGAACGAUAAAGUUUGGUGGAGAAAAAGAAGCUACAGUUGCUUUCCUGGUCUGCAGUUGACAGGGCAUUAAGAUGUCCGUGGACAUGAACAGCCAGGGCUCUGACAGCAAUGAAGAGGAUUAUGACCCUAAUUGCGAGGAGGAGGAAGAGGAUGAGGAUCCUGGGGAUAUUGAGGAUUAUUAUGAUGGGGUAGCUAACGACGUGGAGCAGCAGGGAGCAGAUGCCUUUGAUCCAGAGGAAUAUCAGUUCACCUGCCUGACUUACAAGGAGUCGGAGAGCACUCUGAAUGAACACAUGGCCAGCUUGGCUGCCACGUUAAAGGUAUCGCAUGCUGUUGCUAAGCUUGUAUUAGUUAGUUUCCACUGGCAAAUCUCAGAGAUUUUGGAAAGGCACAAGUCUAAUGCUGCCCAGUUGCUAGUAGAAGCACGAGUUCAGCCCACCUCAUCCAAACAUGCAAUGGUACAUUCCUCUCAUCACUGUGCAGUGUGCAUGCAGUUUGUCCGGAAGGAGAACUUGCUCUCUCUGGCUUGUCAGCACCAGUUCUGCCGCAGCUGUUGGGAGCAGCAUUGUACAGUGCUUGUCAAGGAUGGUGUUGGAGUUGGGGUCUCCUGCAUGGCUCAGGACUGCCUACUUCGAACACCAGAAGACUUUGUGUUUCCAUUGCUGCCUAGUGAGGAGCUGAAAGAUAAAUACAGGCGCUACCUCUUCAGGGACUAUGUGGAGAGCCAUUUUCAGCUGCAGCUUUGUCCUGGUGCAGACUGCCCUAUGGUCAUACAGGUACAGGAGCCGAAAGCCCGGCGAGUGCAGUGCAAUCGUUGCAAUGAGGUCUUCUGCUUCAAAUGUCGGCAGAUGUACCAUGCACCCACAGACUGUGCUACCAUUCGGAAAUGGCUCACCAAAUGUGCAGAUGACUCCGAAACAGCCAACUACAUCAGUGCUCACACUAAAGAUUGUCCCAAGUGCAAUAUCUGUAUUGAAAAGAAUGGAGGCUGCAAUCACAUGCAAUGCUCCAAAUGCAAGCAUGGUCCAUUGUAUAAAGAAGUCUCCAUCUGUGUCCAUAAUGUUAACAGCAGAAAACCAUCUCAGAAGGGAAUGAAAUGCUUUCCAUACUUCUGCUGGAUGUGUCUGGGAGACUGGAAGACUCAUGGCAGCGAGUACUACGAAUGCAGUCGGUACAAAGAGAAUCCUGAUAUUGUAAACCAGAGUCAGCAAGCACAGGCCAGGGAGGCCCUUAAGAAGUACUUGUUCUAUUUUGAGAGGUGGGAGAAUCACAAUAAAAGUUUGCAGUUGGAGGCACAGACAUACCAACGAAUCCAGGAGAAAAUUCAAGAAAGGGUUAUGAACAACUUGGGAACAUGGAUAGACUGGCAAUACCUACAAAAUGCUGCAAAGCUACUUGCAAAGUGUCGUUAUACCCUGCAGUACACGUAUCCAUAUGCCUACUACAUGGAGUCUGGUCCCAGGAAGAAACUGUUUGAAUACCAGCAGGCCCAGUUGGAAGCUGAAAUUGAAAAUCUCUCGUGGAAGGUGGAACGAGCAGACAGCUAUGACAGAGGGGACUUGGAGAAUCAGAUGCACAUAGCAGAGCAGAGACGGAGGACCCUGCUGAAAGACUUCCAUGACACAUAAGGCAGGAGGAAGUGACAGAGUGCAGGGGUGAGAGCAGCGAGUGAAGUGAUGGCAGCUUCACCGUGAUGAGCAGGCACUGCCUCUGGGAGAACAUGGCCAAGGACAAAGCCACCCCUCCCCUUGCAAGUCAGACACAUGCAAACACCACAUCUUAGUCCAGUUUGUUCUCUUAUCUUUCUGUUUCUGUUUCUGCCAGGCUAGAGGCCAGAGUUCAGAUUGGCAUAUUUCCUGGGACAUUUCCCUCCUGCCCUUGAUGGUUUCAGAAGGGGAGGGAUUUUUUUCUCUGAAUGGCUGUUAAUAGUAUUAGAUCAUUACAAUUUAUGUAAUUUUCAACGGUUGUACAAUUAUACAAACAAACCUUAGAAUAACACACAACCCUUUUUAAAAAUAAAUUGGCAGUGGAGUGUUUUUCCUUAAUCUGCUUGUAAAUUUAAUGGGCUUUUCCCCCUCUCCCCUCCUCUGACCCAAAAAUCUUCCCAGGCCCUGAAGGAGGUUACAAAAUAACUCGACUAGAUUUCCUGAUCCUCCUCUAACCAGGGCUUUGUAGCAUUGGCAUUGCAUGGGAGAGUGGCUGGUGUUAAGAGUGGCUGCUGCUGUGUCUGACCUGACAGUACCAGCAGUGGCUAUGAUUUAGUGCAAUUACAUGUGGCAUCUCCUCUCUCAUAAAUCAGCUGUGCAAAAUCCUGCGGCAUAAAUGAAAGUGAACAGAGGAAUUGUAGGAGAGAGACUGGGUUAGCACAGGGGGACAUGCCUUGAGUCAAGUCAGAUCCUUGCAUUUGAUGAAUUUUAGGUCUUCCAUGUAGAUUAUUGCUUUACUUGUUUUUGUGGGGAGGGCGUUGUAUUGCCAAAGUGAAUGACGAGGGCAUAAUAGCAUUACAGUUUUUAAUCAAGGCUUGGGGCUUUUGCAGAAUGAAACAAUCCCUGUUAUAACAGUGCCAUACAACCUGGUAAAGAUUAGUUGUGCCUGCUAGGUAACAUGAUUGAGAAAGGUUGAUCGCAUUCAUCAAGGUGAAACUAAACGCCACUACAUCAGGAGGCGGAACGAUUAUGUACAACACGUUCCCUGGCACAUGUUGGCAAUGUGGACAGGCACUUGAAUACAGGUGCACUGCUUGUGCAGAGCCAGGCAGAAAAUUAACUGACAAAAUUAAUUUAUUUGUAUAUUAGUAUUGAUGCUGGUGGGGACUUAUCAGAAAAUUAAUUGUUAGGAGCAUGUGGAACUUUUUUAUUAACGUUCUUUUUCUAAUGUAAAAUAUACACUAAAAUAAAAAUGUGAAAACCCAGUUCAUCUUAGCAGGGGCUUGACAUGAAAAUGGUUACUUAAUGCUGAUGCUUGCCUGUUUGCUAUAGGAAGCAGGUCAUGCGUUAAGAUUUCACAGGCAUGUAUGUCACCUGCGCCAGGAACAUGUUGUAUGCAGGCCAGUAAGGUGGAGCUGGAGUCUCUGAUGUGAACAAAUCUUCACUUCUUUGGGGAAGUCAUGGGAUUCCCUUCCAUGCCACAUUUGGAAGCGUUGCUUUUGGUGCAUCCCUGUACUCUCAUGUUGUUCUUGGACAAUGUCAUUUGACAAAGAUUGAACUGGAGGGGGAAAAGUCCUAAAUUCCUGCUUGUCAGAAUAAGCUAACUUUGCUUUUUGGAGCCAUUUCUCAUCUACCCGAGAUGUGUGAGAGGGGCAUUUGCAGCAUAUUUAACUUGGCAGGUAGAUUUUAACAAGAGAGAUUUAUCAGUUUAAAAGAGGAAUAGCUGUCACGUGAACUAAUGCUGUGGCCGUUCCCUCUUUAGCCUGGAGCCGUGGGGGUAGAUAUUGCCUUUUUCCAGCCUGUUUCCUUUCUCCUGGCCUCAUUCCCUCCUCUGCUCCCAGCAGCAGCCUCUUUGUGCUCUCCUCAAAAUAUAUUCCACCGAUCUGUCUCUUCCUUUCCCCUUCCCAAGCGAUUCCCAAAGUCUGGGGAUGCUGGGCACGGGGGAAGGGAUGAGCAUGGGAGAAAGUUUACUGUGUACCCAGCAGUUUACAGUGUCUAGAGCUAAUGUUUAAACCGUUCUUUAAAGAUGUAAUGUGCAUGGUACUAAUCUAGGAUAAAAGCUGGUAUUCUUGUUGUCUAAAUGUGACUGGCUAACACCCAAUCUCUUUGCAGAACAGGUAUGUGGAGUUUCCUAAUCCCAAAGAGCACUCUCACCGUUGUCACACAGUUGUCUGGCUUUGAGCUACAUGAGAAGGGUUUUUGUCUCUCUCCAUCCCUCCCUCUCCCAUGCCCCCACAAAAAUGCUUGGCUAAGAAUCCUUGUGUGUAGAAAAACUGGGCCGAAUAGCUGCGGCCAAACUUACUAACCGGGCUGCUGAGGUGCUUGGCUGAGGAGUAGUAAUACAUAUUGCAUCGAGUGCCCCCUAAUUCUUUGAAAUGUCAUGACACUAGAGCCUUUUUGGCAGCUUUAUUUAAAACACACACGCACACACACACCCUUUAAGAAGGCUGUGAAUGUCCUGGUUUGCAUGCGCAGAUCCUGUUUCUAUGCUCACUGGGAAAACAACAGGACUUUGCUUUUGCAGCCCAGGCAGGGUGACUUCUGUAUUAAUGUCAUACAGAAAGUCACAGACUCCGAGAUGAAACCUGCAGAGCACAGGGAAUGGGGGCUGUUUGUGUCAAGUGCCUGAUGCUGCUCGAGAGGCCGGUGACAGGCAGGAAGGAAGACAGGCUGUUUUUUUUUUUUCCCCUUCUAAUAGCUGGGUACACAGCCCUAUUAAAGUCAGUGAGGUUACAUGAAUGUGGGUGGUUAGAAACAGGCUUGUGAGGUACAAGUUUCCCUUUGAUGCGUUACCCCUGCAGCUGUGGAAGGUUUGUUCCCUUUUUUCGUUUUACAUUGGUUCCCAUUCCUGCACCAGCCUGACACCUCACCCUUGCAUCUGCUACUCUCAUUUCAGCUUUGCUUGUGUUAGUGCAUUGGCUGCCUCAUCUCUUAAUAGUCCUCAGGCUUCCCAGACUGUAACAAAAAGUUUUCUACUGACAACGUAAACUGCAUGACUGCUGCUCCACGCACUGAGGAAUGGGCCGUGCCGAUGUGGAACAGCAGGAGGUUUCUGUACUAUAAUCUUGCACUCUUCAAUUUUAGACUUUUUAAGCGGGUGAAAAAUAGAACUUUAUUUUUAAAUGAGACACUUGUUCCGGGGCUUCCUUUCCAUGCCCGGGUCUGGUCGGGUGGUUCAGGUUUUGGGGCAGCAGGUGCUGCGGAGGG